ACAUUUUCGUAAGAUUCUAACUCACGAAGAAACAAAGAAAGUGAUUACUUCAAAAAAUUUCACCACAUAAUGUGCGACAAGAGAAGUGGAGAGAAAAUGGGGCUUCUUGAGUGGGUGUGAUGUGAUGUGUGAAAUGUGAAUAGAAAGAACAGCGUCUCCUCAUUGAAUCUUAAUAUCAAAAACUUGAAAUGAAAAGAAAAACAAAAAACAGAAAUUGAAUGUUUUCCGUCCAAAGUGUAAAAGAAAAAAUCAACCACGACAAUCAUGUUCUUACGAGUUUAAUGUUCAAAAGUCGGCAAAUUCUCGCUGAGCCAAAACCCCAUGUGACCCACGAUUGUUCAAUGUUUGUUAUAAAGACGUCAUUGGUUCACCAGAUGAGCUGAGGCUUCCGCCAAUUCAUUUCUUUGCAUUUUCUUCUUACUUCUUUUCAACUGCUAAGCCACCGUCCAUGGCCCAUGAACUUGGAUUCCGACCGUCAGAGCUUUCUUUCUUUUACCGGAAGUGUAAUUUUCCGUUCGAUCUCCGUGAAAAUGUCCGAUUACCCUUCACCCCUCAAAGAAAAACGAUCCCAGAGCCGCCGUUGAGGUGGGGUUCCGGUGGUCGCGUUGUUGUUACAGCGAAGAAGUCGCCGAUCGAUGGUGUUUCGCCGGAGCUUAAUAAAAUCGCUUCCCAGAAACUGGACUCCGCUCCAGCCCGCCGACGGGUCCGGUCGGCUUUCAUGGAGCUUCAACAGCAGCUGGAUCACUGCUUAUUCAAGAUGGCUCCUGCUGGGAUCAAGACCCAGGAGUGGUAUGAGUGUAAUUCAAGGGGCUUAAAUAUUUUCUGCAAAAGAUGGUUUCCUGAGCCUGAUGUUCAUAUUAAAGGCGCUGUCUGUUUCUGCCAUGGCUAUGGUGAUACCUGCACUUUCUUCUUUGAUGGAAUUGCUAGGCACAUUGCUGCAUCAGGGUAUGCCGUUUACGCUAUGGACUAUCCAGGUUUCGGACUUUCAGAAGGAUUGCACGGUUACAUUCCUAACUUUGAUCAACUAGUUGAUGAUGUUAUAGAACAGUACAAGAAGUUUAAAGGGAGACCAGAAUUGAAAGGAUUGCCUCAUUUCAUAUUAGGACAGUCCAUGGGGGGAGCUGUUACUUUGAAAAUUCACUUGAAGGAACCAAAGCUAUGGGAUGGAGUGGUUCUUGUGGCUCCCAUGUGUAAAAUUGCAGACGAUGUGAAACCGCCAGAACCUGUGCUUAAGGUCUUAAAUCUAAUGUCUAAUGUGGUGCCAAAAGCCAAACUUCUCCCAAAGAUCGACCUUGGUGAACUAGCUCUCAGAGAAACGAAGAAAAGGAAACUGGCAGUCUACAACGUUAUAUCGUAUGAUGACAGGAUGCGAGUGAAAACUGCCAUAGAGCUUUUAAAGGCAACGGAUGAUAUCGAGAAACAAGUUGAGAAAGUUUCAUCGCCAUUACUGGUUCUUCAUGGAGCUGCCGACAAGGUGACAGAUCCUAAGAUUAGUCGUUUUCUAUAUGAGAAAGCGUCGAGCAAAGACAAGACUCUGAAACUCUAUGAACAAGGCUUUCAUUGCAUUCUAGAAGGAGAGCCAGAUGAAAGAAUUUUCAAUGUUCUUAAUGAUAUCAUCCAUUGGCUAGAUUCCCGAUGCUCCUCAACGUAGUUCUUGACUAAUUGCACAGUGAUAUCCAUCCAUUGUUAAUUAAUAAGAAUGAGUUAUAUAUUUCAAAAUUCAAAAUCUUCUAUUUUAGUCCAUUCUUAAUUAGUAAGAAUGAGUUAGAUAUUCCAAAAUUCAAAUCUCCUAUUUUAGUCGCUCAACUUCAGUAGUUUUUGGUGUCAAAAUUUCAUAUUGAUUAUAAGGUUGAUUAAGAGUUAUAAGAUAACAUAUCAAACUCAUGAGGGAGAGUUCAAUUUAAUAAUAAAUGACAUGCAGUAUGCACUUUCCUGGAAGUUUAAUCUUUUGUUGUACCCGAAGAAAAAAAUUAUCAAACUCCAUGUAUGUGGUAAUGUUGAUUUCUAUCAAAUAUGAACAAAAAGACUAUUAAUAUA